AUGGGCGCGACGGCGGUGGUGGCGCUGCUGAGCGGGCGCAGGGUCUACGUCGCGCACUGCGGCGACUCGCGCGCCGUGCUGGGGCGCGGCGGCGGCGCCGUCACCCUGACCAGCGACCACAAGGCGUCGCGCCCCGACGAGGUUGCACGCGUGCAGGCCGCUGGCGGGCAGCUGUGGUUUGGCCGCGUUAUGGGUGAGCUGGCGGUCAGCCGCGCCAUAGGGGACCACUGCCUCAGGCCCUACGUUAUUGCACUGCCAGAGGUGUCCAUAGUCGAGCGCUGCCCCGACGACGAAUGCCUCGUCCUCGCCAGCGACGGCCUGUGGGACGUCUUUGGCAGCUCCGACGCAGCUGCCCUCGCCCUCUCCCGCCUCCAGUCCGCCGCCGCCGAGGGCCUCUGCGGCGCGGCGGCCGCGCGCGCGGCGGCGGGCGCGCUGGUCAAGGCCGCGCUCGAGAGGGGGUCUCGCGACAACAUUACGGCGCUGGUGGUUGAUUUGAGGCCCCGGCCGGCCGCGGCGGGCGCCGACGACGGGCGCCCCGGCGGGGGGCGCGCGGGCGUGAAAGACCUGGCGGCGCCGAAAGCAUGA